GGUAUCUGCAUGUGUUUGUUCCACAAGCAUUUAUUGAGGACAAAGCACUGAAAAUACAGAACAGAAUAAUUCAGAGCCCUCUAUCUGAGGAGCUGGUGGGCUGGUGGGGGCAUAGCUCAUGAACCCAUAAACAAUUACAGUGGAGCAGAUCGUGGUUGACAGAGGUUUGGGGGCAUUGUUAUUGGAAUCUUGAAGUACAGACCCAGACCACAUACAUCCCAUUGCUGCUGGAGUCUCAAAUUGUAGCACUGUCUGAUACACAGUAGGUGCUCCAUAAAUACUUGCUGAAUUAAUUAGUAAACGAACAAAUAAAAGAUAAAAGUAGAGUGGAAGCUGGGAGGAGUAAGUGAGUAAUGAGGCUGGGGGUGGUGGAGAGACUCAGAAGGGCUCCAGCAACUCUGAAGGAAGAUUUUACCAGGAAAAGACAGACAGGAUGGGAGAAGAUAAUUCAGGAAAAAGUGACGGUGUUUUCAAAGCCCUAGAAGCAAGCAAGCCGCAGACUUGACAGCAGAACUAUAGCUAUGUGUGUGACUGGAGGAGACUGGUUGGAGGGGAGCCUACAGUGUGGGCUGGGGUCCCAUCCUGGACAGCACUUAGGAGCCAUGCAGGACUUAAGCAGGGGAGUGACAAGCCUAGGUUUGCAUUUGGGAAAAGAGUUUCUGGCUGCCAUGGAUGGGAGAGACAGAGUGGACUGGCAGGGCAAUCUAAAGGAGAUGUGAGCUCAGAUCUCCAUCCUGGGCAGCUAGCUAGGCCCUGAGUUCUCCAGGGAUCUCCUAACCUUCCCCAUUCCGAGCAGAAAACUCUCCAGGAGGCUGGGCGCAGUGGAUUUCACCGGUAAUUUCUAGCACUUUGGGAGGCCCUGGUGGCUGGAUCACCUGAGGUCCAGAGUUUGAGACCAGCCUGACCAAUAUGGCAAAACCCUGUCUCUUUUGUAAAAAUACAAAAAUUAGCCGGACAUGAUAGCAGGUGCCUGUAAUCCCAUCUAUUCAGGAAGCCGAGACAGGAGAAUCAUUUGAACCUGGGAGGUGGAGGUUGCAGUGAGCUGAGGUCGCACCACGGCACUCCAGCCUGGGUGACAGAGCAAGACUCCAUCUCAAAAAAAUAAAUAAAUAAAUAAAACCCUCCAGGAGCUCAGGAGGCCUCUGUUUCUGAAGUGUAAGAGUAGUAGUGGCACAAGUUGAGUACCUCUUACCCAAAAUGCUUGGUAUCAGAAGUGUCUUAGAUUUCAGUUUUUUUUUUUGGAUUCUGGAAUAUUUGCAUGAUACCAGUUCAGCAUUCAUAAUAUGAAAAGCUGAAACCCAGAAUGCUCCAGUGAGCAUUUCCUUUGAGGGUCAUAUUGGCACUCAGAAAGUUUCAGAUUUUGGAGCAUUUUGGAUUUCAGAUUUUUGGAUUAGGAUUACUUAACCUGUACUUAUAAAGCCAUUAAGAGGGUAAAGUUGUGGGAAGAAGCACAUUAUUCUGAGCUUUCCGGUUUACUGAGUGCUUGUGUGAAGUGGUGGAAUAAAUCAUCCACUCUACCCUAAUUCUUUCUGCCUCAGAUCUUCUUCCAGAAUUUUCAUGAGGUUCCUGCAAAGUUCUUUGAUGAGACCAUCUUAAUCCAGAUUCCUCAUUCAUUCAACAAACGUUAUGGAUUCCCAACUGCCAGGCCCUGAACUGGGUGCCAAGGUGAACAAGGCUGCCCCUUCCCAUACGCCAGGAUUCUCAAGCCACCAAAGGUCCCUCCAAGUGAAAAUUUCUAUUCCUUAACCAGAGGGAGCCCAGUAACAAUGGUGAACAUGUGGUUAUCAAGUGCCUACUGUGUGCCCAGCACAGGGCUAAGGAGAACAAAGAGGCCUCUUCUUUUGAAGAGUUUACAUGUUCUUGGGAACAAAGGCACAACCAAGAGAGCAUGUAAUGGAUAAAGUUAAGUGCAACACCUUGCUUUGGGUUGACUCGGGGCAAGGAAAUUGGCCUCUCUGAUCAAUUUCCUCAUCAGUAAAAUGGAACUAAAAAUCUGAACAUCACAGGGUCCCUCUGAGAGUUAAAUGAGAAAACCCAUCUGCAAGUGUCAGCCAUUAGGAAGCAUUCAAGACAUUGAGAGAUCCUGGACGGGCCUUUGCUAUUCCUCUUACAGAAGGUGAGGGAAAUUGGGAUUGUGAAUAAUUAAAAUAUUUCCAGGAACUUCCUUGCAGGUGGUAAACUCCUCAGCAAUGAGAUACAAAGCAGAGAUCGGGAGAUUUCAAACAGAUAUUGGGUUUAUCUACCAUUCUCCAGGUCACACACUCCUAAGGAAAUGGCUCGGCCUCUGCCAGCUAAAUAACCCCAGCAGUGGUGUGAGAGGCUACUUGAAAGUCACCAUCUGUGCCCUCGGUGUGGGAGAUCAGGCCCUGGCAGAUCAAAAGUUGCUCUAUGGGGCUGAUGACACCGAUAUUCAGAUCUUCCGGUCAGCGGCAGUCCCGAUCAACAUGGCUUACUUACAGUUCUUCAUCUACUGUGCAGAGGACCUUCACCUCAAGAAACACCAGUCAGUGAAUCCUCAGUUGGAGGUGGAACUAAUUGGGAAAAAGCUCAGGACACAUAUGCAGACCCAAACCGACAACCCGAUAUGGAACCAGAUCCUGACCUUCCAGAUUCAGCUACCCUGCCUCUCCAGCUACAUCAAGUUCAGAAUCUUGGACUGCCACAGGAAGGACUGCCCGGAUGAGAUUGGGACUGCCAGCCUGUUCCUCAACCAGAUCUCGUCCACCGGAGAAGAGAUUGAAGGAAUGUACUCUGGCUUCCUGCCCUGCUUUGGCCCCAGCUUCCUGACUCUACACGGGGGUAAAAAGGCCCCUUUCAGGAUCCAGGAAGAAGGCGCUUGUAUUCCUGACUCUGUUAGGGAUGGUUUAGCUUAUCGAGGCCGAGUCUUCCUGGAGUUAAUCACCGAAAUCAAGUUCCAUCAAGACUCCACGAUAAAGGAUCUCUCCCAUGAAGUGACCAGGAUAGAGAAGCACCAGAACCGCCAGAAGUAUGGGCUGUGUGUCAUCUUCCUCUCCUGUACCAUGAUGCCCAACUUUAAAGACCUGAUCCAAUUCGAGGUCAGCAUCGGUCACUAUGGGAACAAGAUGGACCUGAAUUACAAGCCUCUAGUCUCAAGCACACAGUACAGCCCAGUGAUACAUGAUGGGAACAUUUACCAUUAUGUGCCCUGGUAUGACACCAAGCCUGUCGUGGCUGUGACCUCCAACUGGGAGGACAUCAGCUUCCGAAUGAACUGCCUUAACCUCCUCCACUUCACUCGGGACCGCCUGAAAGUCAACCUGGACACCCUGAAAUCCAUUCGGAAUCCAAAGGACCCAGCUCUGCUCCACCAGUGGGAGAAACUGCUGAGGGAGCUGGCGGAGGACUGCAAGCACCCUCUGCCCUGCAUGACCAAUCAGCCCAAAGCCACCAGUCUGGACAGGAAGAGGUGGCAGCUCCGCAGCCUCCUCCUGCAGGAACUGGCCCAAAAGGCCAAGCAAGCCAAGCCCAGGGACAUGGUGGCCACAGGGGAGGACUGGCUGUAUCGCCUCAACGCUGUGCUCCCCGAGCCCCAGAUGGGCCUCCCUGACGUGAUGAUCUGGCUGGUGGCCAAGGAGCAGCGAGUGGCCUAUGCACAGGUGCCCGCCCACUCCGUCCUCUUCUCCCCAGAAGGGGAUCUGCACUCCGGCAGGCUCUGUGGGAAGAUACAGACACUUUUCCUACAGUACCCAGAGGGUGAAGGACAGAAGGAUGUGCUCCCAGCCCACCUCCGGGUCUGCAUGUGGCUUGGCAAUGUCACAGACAGCAAGGACCUGCAGUUGCUCCGCCAAGGUGACACAGCAGUGUAUGCCGAGAUGUAUGAGAAUCAAGCCAAGCAUAAAGACCAGUGGGGGCAGCAGGGGCUAUAUCACUGCCCCAACUUCUCGGAUGUCAUGGGAAACAAGACCCUCCCGAUGACCGAUUUCCAGCCACCCCUGGGAUGGCACUGGCAGGACAGCUGGACAGUGGACCCUCAGAGGAGACUCCUCCUGGACAUAGACAUCAACAAGAGCCAGGUGUUGGAAGAGGUAUAUGAGAACCAGGCCCGAGAUGCCAGAGGCACCUGGGGGCCUGCCACCAUCCCAAACACAGACGUGAAUGGACAGCCCAUGGAGGCCCGGGAAAACGUGAAGUGCCCCAAAGGCUGGCACUUUAAGAAGGACUGGGCAGUGGAGCUGAACCACGCAGUGGACAGUAAGGGUUGGGAGUAUGGAAUGGAGAUCCCAUCCUUGGGCCAGCGCCAGGUCUGGAGCCCGGUAGAGAAGACCUACCACUCAUGCCGCCGACGGCGCUGGGCACGUGUGCGCUUCCGGAACCAUGGGGAGCUGAGCCAUGAGCAGGAGACCCUCUCCUUCCUGAAGCUGGGCCUGGCCAAGGGUGAGGAGGAGGGCUGGGAGUACGGCACCUUCGGCUCCACGUUCCACCUCAACCCUCAGCCCCAGAGCAAGUUCCGCCGUCGCUGCUGGCGCCGCAGGCUGGCCCCUAACAAGGACAAGGGCAUCGCGCCCAUAUUCCUCCUGGAGGGGUCCUUGGCUAUGGAUGUGAAAUAUACUGGGAAGGAAGAGGACAGCAAGACAUGGCCAUUGCGUCUGGACAGACAGUUCAGGGACCCCCUGAGGCAGGACACCCAGCCCCCCAACAUGCCCUUCAUCUACUGCACCUUCAAUAAGCCCCACUACUAUCAGCUCUUCUGCUAUAUCUACCAGGCCCGGAACCUGGUGUCCAACCAGAUCCUGACAUUCCAAGGGCCCUUCAUUCGAGUGGUCUUCCUGAAUCAUAGCCAGUGUACCCAAACCCUAAGAAGCUCUGCAGGCCCCACAUGGGCCCAGACACUCAUCUUCCAGCACCUCCUUCUGUACGAAAACCCACAGGACACCAAAGAGAGCCCACCACUUGUGGUGCUGGAGCUGUGGCAGCACGACUCCUGGGGCAAGGAGAGCUUGUGGGGACGGAGCAUGUGGCCCCCGGUCGUCUGGCUGGAUCUCCAGGACCGGAUCCUGCCCCCCAUGAGGUGGCACCCCCUUGUAAAGGAGUUGGGGAAGGAAGAGGGCGAGAUCUUGGCAUCUUGUGAGCUGAUCCUUGAGACUGAGAAGCUCAGAGAGAAGCAGCUGCCGAUCUUAAGUGUUCCCUGGAAGAACGGGGCAUACACACUCCCCAAGAACAUCCAGCCCAAGAUAAAGAGGAUGGCCAUUGAGAUCCUGGCCUGGGGCCUUCGGAACAUGAAGAAGGCGAGCUCCCCUCAUCUCCUGGUGGAAUUCGGGGAAGAGUCCCUGAAGACAGAACCCAUCAGGGACUUUCAGACCAACCCCAACUUCCCUGAGUCGGUCCUAGUCCUCACAGUGCUCAUGCCAACAGAGGAGGCUUACACACUGCCCCUCGUGGUGAAGGUGGUGGACAACUGGGCCUUUGGCCAGCAGUCCGUGACGGGCCAGGCCAACAUCGACUUCCUCCAGCCCUACUUCUGUGACCCCUGGGCUCAGGACUACAUGCACCCAAAGCUUCCAACACUGUCUGAGAAGCACCAGGACUUCCUAGGCUACCUCUACGAAAAGUUCUGGUUCAAGUCCAGUAAAGCAGAGGAUGAGUAUGAGCACGAGGUGGACUGGUGGAGCAAGCUGUUCUGGGCCACAGAUGAGCACAAGUCCCCAAAGUACGAGUACAAAGACUACCACACCCUCAAGGUGUAUGACUGUGAGCUGGAGGCUGUGCCAGCCUUCCAGGGCCUGCAGGACUUCUGCCAGACCUUCAAACUCUACCAGGAGCAGCCCAAGUUGGACAGCCCCGUGGUAGGGGAGUUCAAGGGCCUUUUCCGCAUCUACCCCUUUCCUGAGAAUCCAGAAGCCCCGAAGCCCCCGCUCCAGUUCUUGGUUUGGCCAGAGAGAGAGGACUUCCCCCAGCCGUGCUUGGUGCGAGUGUACGUGGUGCGAGCCAUCAACCUGCAGCCCCAGGACUACAAUGGCCUGUGUGACCCUUAUGUGAUCCUGAAACUGGGGAAGACAGAGCUUGGCAACCGGGACACGUACCAGCCCAACACUCUGGAUCCCAUCUUUGGCACGAUGUUUGAACUCACCUGCAACAUCCCCCUGGAAAAAGACCUAGAGAUCCAGCUCUAUGACUUCGACCUGUUUUCACCCGAUGAUAAGAUAGGAACCACAGUCAUCGACCUCGAAAACCGACUCCUGUCUGGCUUUGGAGCUCAUUGUGGGCUCUCCAAAUCCUACUGCCAGUCAGGGCCCUUUAGAUGGCGGGAUCAGAUGCCCCCAAGCUACCUCCUAAAACGCUAUGCCAAGAGGAAAGGGCUGCCUCCACCUCUGUUUAGUCCUGAGGAAGAUGCUGUUUUCUAUAAUGGGAAAAAAUUCAAGCUGCAAAGCUUUGAGCCCCAAACCCCUACUCUUCAUGGUUUGGGACCCAAGAAGGAACGCCUUGCACUGUACCUCCUGCACACUCAGGGGCUGGUACCGGAGCACGUGGAGACCCGCACGCUGUACAGUGACAGCCAGCCAGGCAUUGACCAGGGAAAGGUGCAAAUGUGGGUGGACAUCUUCCCCAAGAAGCUGGGGCCUCCUGGCCCCCAAGUCAACAUCAAGCCCAGAAAGCCUAAACGGUAUGAGCUACGCUGCAUCAUCUGGAAGACUGCCAAUGUGGACCUGGUGGAUGACAAUUUAAGUAGAGAGAAGACGAGUGACAUCUACAUCAAAGGGUGGUUAUAUGGGCUGGAGAAGGACAUGCAGAAGACAGAUAUCCACUACUACUCGCUAACUGGGGAGGCCGACUUCAACUGGCGGUUCAUCUUUACUAUGGACUACCUGGCGACAGAGCGCAUGUGCGUCCAGAGCCAGAAGGAUUACAUAUGGAGCCUGGAUGCCACGUCAAUGAAGUUCCCAGCCCGACUCAUCAUCCAGGUCUGGGACAAUGACACCUUCUCCCCCGACGACUUCCUAGGGGUCCUGGAACUGGAUUUGUCUGACAUGCCCCUCCCGGCUCGGCACGCCAAGCAGUGCUCCAUCAGGAUGAUGGACGCUAACCCCAAGUGGCCCUAUAACCUCCAAUAUGAGCACUUCUCCCUCUUUAAGAAGAAAACUGUGACUGGCUGGUGGCCUUGCCAGGUCCUCGAUGGUGGCAAAUGGCGCUUGUCGGGCAAAGUGAAGAUGACCCUGGAGAUUCUGUCAGAGAAGGAAGCCUUAAUCAAGCCAGCCGGGCGAGGCCAGUCGGAACCCAACCAGUACCCCACACUUCAUCCUCCUCUACGCACCAACACCUCUUUCAUGUGGCUGCGAUCACCGGUUCAAUAUUUCUGCUAUAUUUUCUGGAAACGGUAUCGCUUCAAAUUCUUAGCCUUUAUGGUCAUAUUGAUUAUAGCACUUAUGCUGUUCAACUUUAUCUAUUCGGCUCCGCACUAUUUGGCCAUGAACUUGAUCAAACCUCACCUUCAGCUGUCUCCUCCCAUUAAAAUAUUCAAUAUCAUCACUUCAGUAAACAAUGCCAGCUCUUCCAUCCUUCCCACCCAGGAUCCAAACCUAAAGCCUACAAUAGACCAUGAAUGGAAACUCCACCCAGGACCCAGGAAUCACCUGAGUGACAUUUUCCCAGAACUUCCAGCCCCACAGGACUAAUUUGCCCAUGCUGCCUGGCUUUCCUCCUGCUACCAACAGCUCUGCCCUUAGGCUGCCUACCAGUUCUUUGUUUCUAUCUUCUAGGAUAUAUGCAAGGUGUUAGGAAUAUUCUGGUUAUUGUGUUCAGAAAUCACUUCCAACAAGAAGAGCAGAGCUGUAAUUUUCCACUGAAAUAAACAAGUUUUAUAACAGAGAGCCACCUUGUAAUUUGGGGCAUUGAAGACAACAUGAAAGGCUGAAAAUGCCAGCCCUUCAGACAAGACUCACAGGGUCAGGAGUGAUGUCAUCUUUAUGUACCAGCUCUAGUCCACAAGGUCUCUUGAUGCUAAGAGGCUCUGAAUCAAAGGGCAACGGAGGGAAAGGGUGACUGUGAGAAGUCACCCUUAUGGGUGAGCAGCAAUCUGCGGCACCAACUCUCACCCCUAGCAUGCAUGCACAGAACAGCCCUACCAUAGACCAGGUGUCGCCCUCCUCUAGCACACACCUGGGAUGACAUUGUUCAGGACAACAUUCCGCCCAUUCAUGAUGGGAAACACUUGUUUCUAGAACAAAAAGAGCUGAAGCAUGACAUCCUAUACCAGGUCAGGUGGUUUUCUUGUACUAAACAUUUCUCUAAAGGACCCCAAGGCAGAUGGGGACUGCACUUCAUGUCUUCCCUGCCCUCUUUAAAAAGUCUCAGGUACUCAUGAGCUGGAAUCAUACAAAUCCCACAGGUUCCAUCUCUCUCACUCUGCCUUUCCCCUCUGAUGAGAUCCCUUCUACCUGCAUGCUGCCUUGGCCAUCUCAAGAGCCUGCCUAGGUCCUUCCUACAGGUUCAUAUAAUCUCUCCUUGAACUCAAAAAAGACAAAAAUCACCAUUUUCUUUUUCAGUUCUCCCUGCUCCCAAGGCCAAGUUCUAGGUCAGUUUGUCCUCUGGCACCCUGGAGCCAUUCUACUAUGGUAGGGAGGUGGUAGGAGGAUGCUUUGUUUCUGCCCCACCUGAAUCCCACCUGCAGGAGAGCACUACAGCCUGUGCUGUUUAACUAACUGCAAGGGAAGAAAAGAAAGCCUGAAGAGACAGAGACCUAUGCCUAGCCAAGGUGAUCCUCUUUUCUUCUGAGCUGAGCUGAGCUGAGGGCUUUUCCAAUCCAGAAGAAGGCAGAGCAAUGGUUGAUAGGCUUCAAGCUCAGAAAAAAGGCUUGAACUUUCCCCAAACCCACUCCUAGAAGAAAGGACACUGAAUCAGAAGCUCAUGUUUGGUUCCAUCAGCGAUUUUGAGAAUUUCAUUUAGGCUACAGAGGUCCAUAGGAGGACUGAGAGUUCCAGCUACUCCAAGGAGACUCUGUCCUGUAACCAAUUUAAUCCCUGGGCAGAAAGGUGAGCAGCAUGUAACCCCUUGUCAGAUAAGGCAGUGGAAUAAGGGUUGACACACAGAAGACAGCACUCAAGCUGUGCUGCUCAAUGACAAUGAACUCUUCCAGGCACAGAUGACGAGGGUUUGUUGCUCCCAGACUUGGAACAUGAAAACAGCAACUAUUUCUUGUCCAUUAAGAAAAAAAAAAAAGCCAGAUUUCUUCUUUGGACAGUAU